UUAAUCAUAUUUAUAUGUAAUUAUAUUCCAAUGUUUUCAUUAAAAAUUUUAACGUUUAGUUUUUUAUUAUAUUCUGUGAUUUUGUAUACAAACGCAAAAAUGGGUACAAAAAAAACAAUAGAACAGUUAGAUUUGAUACUACAGUUUUCAGGAUGGAAAAAUUUAAGUGAUAUAAAUUUGAUAAAAUUUUACAGUAACACACAUUAUUUACAAAAUAUGAUUGAAACACCAACACAUUUUAAUAAAUGUAAUCAAAAAAUAAGAACUUUAACUAUUUAUCUCGGAUGUACAUAUGCAAAGGUUAUGCAAAAUCUUUAUUCAGUAAUUAGUAACGUUAUACGACAUAGUAAAAGAAAAAUUUACGAAGAAAAAGAUUUAAUCAAUGGAUGCAUUUUCACCGAUGAACUAAUAAAGCUUAUAUCCUUAUACAUUGUUCCACUGGCAACAUUAUUAAAAGGAGCCAUGGAUGCUUUUGACUUAUUACAUGAUACUCCAUGGAAUAACAUAGAAAAAUAUGACUACAUGGUAAGUCCUACAUUAGAGAAAAUUGAAAAUAUUCAUGACUAUUUAAAAAAACUAAUUCUGUCACAUAAUGAUAUUUCUACAUAUACUGGGGCAUUGGAAACUAUUGAUAAAUUUUUUAAAAUCAAAAUGACAAAUUUAAAUAAAGACUGUGUACAUUAUUGUGAAUUUGUACCAGUUAAAACAAAUUUAUGGAAAGAAUGGAAUCAUGAGUACAAAACAAUUUUUGGUCAUGCCAUUAAUUUAGUAUUUUUCAAAUUUUUAACCAAAAAAAUGCAGAAUUAUAUCCAGACAGUAAUUACAGAAAAGUAUUUUCAUCUCGGAUUUAAAUUUGAUCCAAUCACCGGAGAAACGAUUUUACCAACACCAAUGGAUCCAAUUGAGCUAGAUUUGGAAUUAAGAGUACCAUAUCAACAUCUUCCAUCGCCAAUACUAAUAGGGACUCAAUAAUUGUUUUAAUAAUAUAAGUUUUGUACUAUAUUUAUAAUUAACCACAAUUUACAUAAUCAAUUUGUAAAUCUUUGGGUAACCAUUUAAACAAAAUAGUAUGAUUUAAUUUUUAAUUUAUUUUUUAUCGCUAAAAAUAUAUGAUAUAAUUAUUUGAUAAUCUUAAAUAUGACAUAAAAUAGAAAAUUACAUUUUUAUAUACAAAUAUAGUUUGCCUGUUUAAUAUAUAAGUUAAUUAACAAUAAUUAUAAUAAACAUUUAAAAAAUGAGGACUGAUAUUUAUUCACACAUUUAUUUAUUGGUUGUAAAUUUUUCUGGUACAUUGUUUUACAAAAUGUAGCGUAGUAAAUACUAUAUGCUUUUACUAAUAAUAUAGACUAGAUAUAGUAACAUCAAGGAUCCAAUUAUUUUUAUUUUAAUAAGUAUAUCUGCCGGUGUCACGGCACAGUGUGAAUUACAUACAUGUGUAAUAAUUACAACAAUCAUUACUUAAGCUCAUGGUUUACCAUUAUUGUAAAAUAAAUUAAUACGGUAUUUGACUUUAAAGUUUUCAAUAUAUUUAUGAUACAUAUUCAAUUGUUGAAUGAAAUAUUAAUAUAAAAUUGUUAAAAUAGCAGAAGUUGUUAUGAAGGAAAAUUUAUGCUACAAGCUUAUAAGAAACUGGAUUAUAAUUUAUAUGAAUUUU